UCUCUCUCUCUCAACCCGGUCCUUGGGCGGCACGACUAUCAGUGCUGCGCUCGCACCGCGGACCUUAUGGUUAGUCAUUCUAUUUGCUAUUCUGGGACUGUGGGGGGUCGGGGGGAGGGAGAGCGGGACUCUUAUCUGCAGCGCAGUGGGCCCGCAAUGAGCGGGAACAUUGCUUUCUGCUAUGUGCGAUCGUCGGCCAUUUUGGAUCUCGCAG